AUGAAUACUGACGACUCAAAAAUUCAAUUUCGUAAAAUUUUAUUAAGCAUUGAUGAUCAAUUAAGUUCCGAAGAUCGGAAGAGAUUGGCUUUCUUAUUUGGCGGUGAUGUUUCACGGAAGAUACGCGAUGAUACAUCACUCUCCGGCGCGAUCGCUUUGUUUGAACAAUUAUUUGAUCGAGGAAAAAUAUCCGAAACCGACUUUAGUUAUUUGAUAAAAGCUUUUGAAGCAAUAAAUUGUCCCAAUGCCGCUGAUCGUUUAAAAGAGCAUCAACAACUGGCUCUCGGGUCGGGAGCAUCACCGUCAAAUGUGAGCGAAUUUGUAGAGAAUCCUAAAUCGUUGGUGAGUCUAGUGUUAGAAGACCUUGAAGAAGACUCUGUCAGGGCUAGUAUUAGUGGUGCCAAUGAGAAUACGAAGACAAAGCCAAAUGUGAAUAUGAAGACAAAACCAAUUAAUGUGGAAUCUGACAACCUCAGUUUAAACACUCGAUUGGAGAAUUUCGGAUUUCGAGCAGUAUGCAGAGAUAUAACACCUACAAGUGCUAGUGCUAUUCCACUGAUUUCACCUGCUAAUGACAACGAACCUGAUCGUCCUAGUCCUUCCAAUAGAAAUAAAAAAACAGAACAAGAAAUUGUACUAGAGCUCUUAAAGAAAGACUCCGAAGGCUUUUAUCGUUGCCCCAAUCCAAGGUGCAAUAAAAUUGUUAGAACACCACAAUUGGAAGGACACAUGAAGAGCUGUGCUAAAUCAUGGUGUUUACAAAACAAUAUUACACCCUACAAAUAA